AGGAAGCACCUGCUUCCAACAAGGAGGUGGAGAAAAUGCUCUCUUGAAAACGUCCAACUGCAGUGGUUGGCACUGACACUUGUGCAGGAGGUUGGAUUGCUCUGAUGCACAGGUUAUUUUGAUAAUCUUGUGGGGGGGGGGAAACGUUCGCUUCAUGCUUUGUGGGUUUCCUUUUUUUGUUGUUUUUGGUUUCCAGGAGAGGCUAUGGUGUGACCAAAAACCAGUCAGAGUAAAUUAUGGAUUGCCUUUGUGGCGGAGUGGUUGUUACAGUUUAUGAUAGAUUUUCGCCUUUGUGUCAGCUUCCAUUUGUGUUUGAACAAUGAUGAUCUUUCCUUCUGCAUCUGUGUCGCAUUUUAAUGCACCACAAACUGUUGCCAGAGUUCCCUGCGCCUGGAGAGGCGAUGUGGUUUUAUCAGACAGCCUCGGACAGCAAUCAGGAGCGCAGGAGCUCUGAGAAGACACUUGUGGACUUGGAUUUGCUCGGUCGGAAGAUAGAGACAGCUUUCUGAGAGAGCAGUGACAGAAACGCGUAGACAGCGGCAUCAUCAGCGGUAAAAGUUGGACUGAAAGUUCACGUUCAGUAAGGAAACUGAUGCGCGUAAGAAGGGAUGCCAGCCAGGCGUGGCUUGUGUUUGAAUAUCCAAUGUGAGAAUGCGUGGGGAGUAUGUAUAUAAUAGAGUCUUUCCAUCAGAUAAACAGAGAUAUCAAACUGAUGAUUACAGCAAAGGACGAUCAAUAAACUAAAUAUAACAGGACGCCUCUGGUUUGGAGGAGCACGGCGCGCUGGGUACGCUUUGUGCGUGCAUGGACCGGACUUGUGUAAACUUUUUUUCCCUCCUUGAGUCACCGUACAUUUUAAAUGCCGUCGCUUAAUUUGACAGCUGUGCACACAAUGGCAGAGGUCGGGAGUUUUCUGGGGACAAUCGACUUGGAUUUACAAAGCUUUCCUGCACUCGGGAAUAUGCCCCUACCGGAGUCUCCAGUGGGCUUGAAUGAGCGGCUGGGGCAGAUUGAAGGGAGGCUGCAGCGGGGGUCGCCGACGGAUUUCGGGCACCUCAAAGGGAUCCUGAGGCGGCGGCAGCUCUACUGCAGGACCGGCUUUCAGCUGGAGAUAUUCCCCAAUGGGACCGUGCAUGGGACAAGACAGGACCACAGCAGAUUUGGUAUCCUGGAGUUCAUCAGUCUGGCAGUGGGUCUGGUCAGCAUCAGAGGGGUGGACGCCGGACUCUACCUCGGCAUGAAUGAGAAAGGAGAGCUCUAUGGGUCGAAGAAGCUGACAGCAGAAUGUGUGUUCAGGGAGCAGUUUGAGGAGAACUGGUACAACACCUACGCUUCAACUCUGUACAAACACACAGACACAGGACGCUUCUACUACGUGGCCUUAAACAAGGACGGCUCGCCCAGGGAGGGUGGCAGGACUAAAAAACAUCAGAAACUCACCCACUUCUUACCCAGGCCGGUGGAGAUCGAAAAGAUCCCUCAGGCGUACAGGGACUUAUUCCAGUACAGGUGACCAGUGCUUACACUUGGAGAACUGGUUACAAUCGGAGGAACAGAAAUAAAAGAAGAAGAGAGAGGGGGUGUUGUGGAUAUUUUGGACCUGGUACAGAACUGUUUACCCUCAACUCCCCCUGAGGUCACUGUGUUUGCGCCUCAGCCCACUGCCAAGCAGCACUGACAUAAACAUUGUGCGUGUUCCUGGACGUCGCUUCUUUGCCUCUGCAGUGACCUCAGAGAGGGAGGGAAAGUGAUCUUGUAAAACCACUGCGGACACUGCGGAUGGAGGAGCCCCGCAUGACCGCCCAGCUGUGGAGGGCGAGCAGGACAACCCGAUCAGGUGUCAUGUUUUAUCAAUAACCACUUUGUAGAGGUAAAAGCGUAGAUAUUGAAGCGGCAUGUGGAGUCGUGGCUUUGCGUAACACUAAGCUGGCGUGGGAAAAAAAGAAAAAAAAAAAGAAUGGUUGACUAUGAGGACACCAAGAAGAGACUUUUAGGAGCUCUGAUGACGGAAAGCACUGCAGAUGUCACAUUGUGCAUUUGUCACGCACUAUACACAGUCAUGGUAAAUGUAAGAAAGGGCACAUUCCACAUAUGCAGAGGAUAGAUAGAAGAAAAAGAGUCAGAAAAUACAUGCAUGUUAAGUGACAGGUUGGGAUAGUCAGGUACUAAAGAGACUGUGAGGAGAAGAACUGGAGUUUUAUUAAGUUGUCUUAAAAAAAAUCAAAGAUGAAAGAGGGGGAAUAAAAUCUGUAAGAUGAAUGUGUGACAGAUGAAAGAGCACUUACUGCACAUCCCCAGUCCCAGCUGUAGGCUCGCUUGUUCUCCCAUGUAAUCAUCAGAGUCAGAGUAAUGAUCGCAUUCAUCACAUUUACAUAAAAAUAUCAAGCAGCGUCUUGUAGGAAUUGUGUGCAAAACAAGCGAUUAAGCUCGGGACAAAAGCACUUCUCUGACUGCGGUUGUAAAGAAUAAGUGAUGGUUUGUUUUUUAAAAGGAUGGUGACUUGUAAUGUUCAGAGUGUCAGGAACAUUAUUAAAAAUGCAAGCAGCUGAGGUGUACAUAUGGGUGAUCCUAUUUAUGAGAUGUACAAUAUAUUUAUUUUCUACAUAUAAAGUAUAAAUAUAAAUCUAUAUAUUUAUUUAUUGCAAAGACUUUAUUUUGUAAUGAACUUGAAGUUAUCUGGACUGUAGAUUCUACUGAAAUUACACAAAAAAAACAAACAAAAAAUAAAUAAAUUGCAAUGAACAUGACAAUAAAAUUGUCCUGCUAUCGAGAA